AUGGAUGAGGAACUUAAAUGUCCUGAGUGUAGAAAAUUUUAUUCCAAGCCCGUCUUUUUCCCAUGUUCUCACUCUGUUUGUUUAGAGUGUGCUGGAAAUAUGCAGGAGUCUUCACAGGAAUUUAUGUCUCAAUUUGAGGAUAGUUCUUUGUUACAAAUUUUAGGGGAUACAGAUCUUCUUAAAGAUUAUGAUAAAUUAAGUUUAGUUAGUGAAACUGACAGUGGAGUUGUAUGUAAUAGUAGACCUAGUAGCUACAUUGGCAGUGGAAAUAUUUUACCUUCAGUACAGGGAAGUUCUUAUAUUGUGAAAUGUCCUGUCUGUAAAAAACCUGUAUUUUUAGAUGAAAGUGGAUAUAAAUCUCUACCCAAAAAUACUAUUCUUGAGGCUAUUGUGGAGAAAUAUUGCAAUGAAUGUAAACAAUUACAAAAUAAUACAAGUAAAUGUCAAAUGUGUGAACAAACUGAUCAUUCUGAUGCUAAAGAUGCAUGCAGCAUGUGUGAACAAUGUGAAAUUUUUUAUUGUGAUACAUGUAAAGAUGUUUGCCACCCUUCAAGGGGACCUUUGGCAAAACAUAAUAUGGUGGGACCAAUUCAAGGGAGAGCUAUAUUACGGGCCAAAAAUAAAGCUAGUGAGGCAAAAUGUAUAGAUCAUGAAGAAGAACAUCUAAGCAUGUACUGCUUAUUUUGUAAACUGCCUGUGUGUUAUGUGUGUCGACAAGAGGGACGUCAUGUUGAUCAUGAUGUUCAGGCCCUUGGGGUUAUGUCAAAAACUCACAAGACAGAACUGUCCCAUGGAUUACAGUCAUUAUCAGAGAAAGCCAAAGCUGGGACAGAAUUUAUACAAAGAUUAAAAGGAAUGUCAGAAAAAGUCCACGGCAAUUGUACUGAAUUUGAAGCCAGAGUUGUUGCCCAGUGUGAUGCUUUAAUAGAAGCUUUAAAGAAAAGAAAGCUGGAAUUGAUUGAAAAUGUGCAUCAAGAAAGAGAGAUGAAAGUCAGAGUACUAAAAGAACAAGUGACGCAUUGUACUUCACUGUUACAAAAGACAACUGGACUGUUACAUUUCUGCAUUGAAGUAUUAAAAGAAGGUGACCCGGCUUCAUUUUUGCAGGUAUCUAAUGGAUUGCUAAGCAGAGUUAAUAUGGCUAACCAGAACUUCAACAAAGAUAUAGAGCUGGCACCUAGAGUUUCUCCAGAGUUUGAGCUGACCUUAGAUUCUACCCCAGUACAACAUUCAAUACAGACAAUGAACUUUUUCCAAAUGAAAGCACCAGGAAAGCCAACCAUAUUACCUGAGGAAUGUAGCGCUGAGAACAAUAGCGUAACUAUUGUAUGGCAGCCACAUUCAGAAAGUAUUGUUGACAACUAUUAUCUAGAGAUUGACGAUGGAAACAGUGGAGAUUUUAGAGUAGUGUAUGUUGGACGUGAGACCAUGUGUACAGUAGAUGGACUCCAUUUCAACAGUUUAUACUAUGCAAGAGUAAAAGCUGGAAACUAUUGCGGUGAAAGUGACUACAGUGACCCAAUUAGCCUCCAGACAGCUGAAUUGGCCUGGUUUCACUUUGAUCCAGUCUCAGCACAUCCAGAUAUCUUAUUUUCUAAUGACAAUCAGACAGUUACAUGUAAUAGUUAUGACCACCGAGUUGUACUUGGAAGUGUAGGAUUUUCUAAAGGUGUACAUUACUGGGAGAUAGUUGUGGACAGGUAUGACUGUCAGACAGACCCAGCUAUUGGUAUAGCAAGAUUUGAUGUUGGAAAGUGCUUUAUGUUAGGUAAGGAUGACAAAGCUUGGAGUAUGUAUAUUGAUGACAGUAGAAGUUGGUUCUUACAUAAUGAUGAACAUCGGAAUCGAACUGACGGAGGUAUUCAACGAGGAAGUGUCAUUGGUGUUUUAUUGAACUUAGAAAAACAACUUAUGUGUUAUUAUGUGGAUGAACAGCCACAUGGACCAAUUGCUUUCAAUGAUCUCCGCGGGGUAUUUUUCCCAGCAGUCAGUAUUAAUAGAAAUGUACAAGUGACACUCAGGACAGGUUUAGCCCCACCACCUGAAUGUGAAACAGAAGAUGAAUGAACUUAAAAAAGGGAGAUAAUUUUGUCUGUGAUGUUGUUAUGUAGGACUUUACUUUUAAGAAUGAUCUUAUGGUGGCAGCAUAAUUUAUAUAACGAAGAUUCAUAAUGAAAAAUAUAAAGCAUUCUGGGAAAUAUUUUUGAAUGCUUACACCAAAAUGUUUUUACUGGUCAAUGACAUCUGAAACUAUGGAAAUUCAAAAAAUCUGUGUUACAUAAAAUUUAUGGUGUAUACAUAUGAAAUGAAAUUACCCAAGUACCAGAAUAGUGACACAAUUUUGUUUAAUUUUUGAAGAAAGGUUUUUCUUUCUCUCAGUAUUAUAAUACCAUCAUUCAUACAAACUAUGAGGUUGUGAAUUAUACAAAUAUUCAUCACAGUCAUUUUUGUGCCAUAUUAGUUGUUUUUUAACAGUUGCAAUAUUUUUAAUUAGAAUUAAAUGUUAAACUUAUGGUAUGCAUCUGUCUUCAUAUUAGAAUGUUUCAUCAUAAAUUCAAUAUCUAGGUCACAAGUCAUUGGACAUUAUAAAUCUUAAAUUGAUAUUCAAGUCAGAAUAAGUGAAUACAGAUUGGAAAAUUUUCCUUUAUGGUUUCAUUUGAAGCCAACAAUUUUUGAGAAAAAUAUUUUUUGAUGUCAUUUUUUUCAAAUUUUCAUGAAGCUUUUUUGUCAUCAUAUUUUCACAUUUUUUAAAUAAUUGAAGUUGAGAGUUUUUUUCAUGAGCUGAACACAAAUUUCAAAAUAUUUUAAAUUUGACAGCACAAUAUAUCCAGAUUUUACAAAAUGAAUUAAGAGACUAUUGAUAAUUCAAUAAAGGAGUACAAUAUAGAAAAAAAGAUGAACACUUUUGAAAAAUGAACACCCUAGAACAAUUUUCCAAUGCCAACACCUAACACAGAUCAGAAAACAGAUCCUGAGAACAAUGAUCUAUUUUGCUUAAAAAUUUUGAUUGAAUAGUUCAAAAGAAAGUAUAUUUUAGGACAUAAUAUAGACUUUGAAGAUAAACAUCUCCCAUAAAUAUAUUUUCCCACAUUUUGUUAAAGCCUUGAACAAUAAUAUAUUAGGACAAAAAGGUGUUUUUUUUUUUUUACCAGAAUCACAGUUCUGGUAUGAAUACUUAUGUGCUACAGUUGAUUUGGUCACCAUGCUGCUAGAUAUAGUCCAUUGAUUGUGUUACAUAUUGCUUUUGAUGGUGUGAGUUGUCUGUAUUUUGCCAGUGCAAUGUAUUUAUUAUUACUUUUUGUGUCGCCUGCGACAAAAUUCGCACAAGGUGAGACAUAGGUGUGGCUUUUUCGGCAGAAACUUUGAAUUAACUUGCAUUGUUGCUGUCCAUGAGAUAGUCUUUCUGAAUUUUCUGUGGACAGGCGAGAAAUAUCUGUGUCAACAGUUUAUUGUCUUAUACACAGCUGAUGCAGUACCUUGUUUGUUACAAUCUUUUAUUGAUCUCUAGGGUGAUUUACAUGUAUAUUUUGUUUUUAAUGAUAUAUUAAUGUUAGAACAUUCAUCUGUAGGGUAAAAGAGAUUUAUUCAUGAUUACGUGACAUUUUAUCAAAGGAAAUGGACUAACUUCAAACUGAGUUAUAAUUGAUACUUAAAUGUAGAUUUAUAAAAAAUCACAAUUACUUUCGAAUUACAUGAAAGCCUGGAGAUUUGUACAGGAAACUGGAAUUCAUAUAAAAUGCAUGUUUUGAAUUUCAAUUAAGUUCGAUAUCGGCGUUAUAAUUGGAUAGGAGCAUGAUAAAACAAUUGCUUAUUUUAAGGGCAAAAAAAUAGAAUUAAAAUUAGAGACACAUAAAGUGGAAUACUGAGAAAUUCUAUCGUAUGAAAGAUUAACCAGGCAAUGUUUCACUCAUGUCAAUUUAAUGGUUAAAUUCAGACUCUUUCGAGUGAAUAAUAAAAAUUUGCUGUUGAAAUUUCAAAUUUGAAAAGAUACAUGAUGAGUACAUAUCACUUUUGUUUAAAGUCCAGAAAAAGUUGUCUAGAGUUUGAGGCACUUUAAAAUUUAAAUCUCAAGCCUAGACCAUAUCAAAUGUGUAACAUAUUUUGAAAUAUUUAUGAUAAAUUUAUGCAAAUAAAUCAUAUUUUUUGCUGACAGAUAUGAACGGAGACCUGAACUGAUCUCAGCUGACCAUUUAACAGCUAAACUAAUGAAAUCCAUGAAGACAAUCAGCUUCAUUUAAUAUUCAGGGAACUCAUUCAUGAAUAUUUAUACAUGUGAUUCUUCAAUUAAUAUUUAUAAAUUAUUAAUGAAAAUUUAUAAAUUACUGAUGAAUGGUUAUAACUCAUUUAUUAAGAUCAGCAUUUUAUUUCAUGAAAAUGUCCACAAAAAGAAUUUAAUGUCAAGAGCAUGUUAUUGUUGUUCUCCUUCAGAAAGUCACAGAAAAAAAUGGGAAAACAUCUUUCAAUGUCAUUUUGGAUGAUUUUCUGUUGGUUGGUUGCUGACCCCUUGACAUUUACCCCCAGAUCUCCUUUCAUAAUAGUAAAACCCAUCAUUGUUGGUUGGUGAGCAUUUUAUACAUCUUAGCCUGAUAACAUUUAUUUGUUUAGUGGAAUUAUGUUGUUGGGUUGAUGUCUCACGGACACUUACCUCUUAUCUCCUUUUUUUACUUUUCUUUUAAUAAUUAUUGUGCAAUAAAAUGUGAUACAGUCUUUAUAACUGUAUUGAGAAUGCUUUAGAGUUCUUAUAUCUGUAUAUUUUUACCAGUAAUGUAGCUACUUAAUACAGCAUUUCUGAUUCUAUCAAAGGAAUCGAAUAGCAUUUGUAUUUUUAUUGAGCAAUUGAAAAGUAGCAAAUUGUUAAUGGCUUUUUAGUUUUACAGUUUGUUUUGACAGUUAUUUAAGGAAUCCAUACAUAACAUGUGAAUCAGAUAUCAACACAGAAUAAUUAUGGCAUGUGAGACAGUAUAAUGCUGUAAUUGAAUAUUUAUUAUAGAAAUAAAACUUCUUUAAAUGAUA